GACUAGCUGGCAGCACCAACACUGUCUAUUCGAGUGAUUUAGCAUUUUUCGGCAUAAAGAAAAUUAUAAAGGUGCACUUGGAAAUACUUUCAACUGGAAACAACGAAGCGAGAAAAUGAGUCUUACGUCCGCCGCGGGGAUAAUUUCCCUUCUCGAUGAGCCGAUGCCGGACCUGAAGGUGUUUGCCCUCAAGAAGCUGGACAACAUCGUGGAUGAGUUCUGGCCGGAGAUCUCCGAGUCCAUCGAAAAGAUCGAGAUGCUGCACGAGGAUCGCAGCUUCCCGGAGAACAAGCUGGCCGGAAUGGUGGCCUCCAAGGUCUUCUAUCACUUGGGGUCCUUCGAGGACGCCUUGACAUAUGCUCUGGGAGCAGGCGACCUUUUCGAUGUGAAUGCCAGGAACGAAUACACCGAAACCAUUAUUGCCAAGUGCAUUGAUUUCUACAUUGCCCAGCGGGUGGAGUUCAUAGAGAAUCCCAAGGAGGCCACUGCCGUGGACGAGCGCCUGGAGGGGAUUGUCAACAGGAUGAUUCAGCGCUGUCUGGAUGAUAACCAGUUUCGUCAGGCCUUGGGCAUUGCUCUCGAGACACGUCGCAUGGACAUCUUCGAGGUGGCGAUCAUGAAGUCUGACGAUGUGCGCGGCAUGCUGGCCUACGCCUACAAUGUCACCAUGUCUUUGAUACAGAACCGGGGCUUCCGCAACCAAGUACUGCGCUGCCUAGUGGGCUUGUAUCGCGAUUUGGGUGUGCCGGACUAUGUCAACAUGUGCCAGUGCCUGAUCUUCUUGGAGGAUCCGCUAGCUGUCGCAGAAAUGCUUGACGCCUUGACUCGUUCGUCAGUAGAAUCUAACAACCUGAUGGCGUACCAGAUUGCCUUUGAUCUUUAUGAGUCCGCCACGCAAGAAUUUCUUGGCAAUGUGUUGCAGGCUCUUAAAAAUACAGCACCCAUUCCCACCGCCCUGCCCAGUACGUUCAAGCCUCAGGGAACGACAUCUGGAGACAGUAAGUCGGAGGAUGACAGCAAGUCAAAAUCAAGUGAAGAUAUCACCGAAGAAAAAGAAGUCGAUGCCAAGGUUGAACGCACCAUAGACUCCCUCAACGAGGUGGAGAAACUGCAUCAGAAAAACAUCGAAAAGCUCAUAUCUAUUCUGUCAGGAGAGGUGUCCAUUGACCUUCAGCUGCAGUUCCUUAUCCGCAGCAACCACGCCGAUCUGCAGGUUCUGAGAGGCACUAAGGAAGCUGUGCGUGUUUCCAUCUGCCACACAGCCACCGUGAUUGCCAACGCGUUUAUGCACAGUGGCACCACGUCCGACCAAUUCCUGCGCGACAAUCUUGACUGGCUGGCCAGGGCAACGAAUUGGGCCAAGCUGACAGCCACGGCAUCGUUGGGUGUGAUCCAUCGCGGGCAUGAAAAGGACUCCCUGGCACUAAUGCAAAGUUACCUGCCCAAGGAGGCAGGUCCCAGCUCGGGUUACUCCGAGGGCGGCGCUCUCUAUGCCUUGGGCUUGAUUCACGCCAACCAUGGAGCCAAUAUAAUUGACUAUCUGCUGCAACAGCUAAAGGAUGCCCAGAACGAAAACGUGCGCCACGGUGGAUGCCUUGGUCUCGGUCUCGCUGGAAUGGGCACCCAUCGCCAGGAUUUGUACGAGCAGCUGAAGUUCAACCUGUACCAGGACGAUGCAGUUACCGGAGAAGCAGCGGGCAUUGCCAUGGGAAUGGUAAUGCUGGGCUCCAAGAACGCCCAGGCUAUCGAGGAUAUGGUGUCUUAUGCUCAGGAAACGCAGCACGAAAAGAUCCUACGUGGCUUAGCCGUUGGCAUUUCGCUUACCAUGUUCUCCCGAUUGGAAGAAGCCGAUCCCUUGGUGACCAGUCUCUCCACCGACAAGGACCCAGUCCUUCGUCGCUCUGGAAUGUACACUUUGGCCAUGGCAUAUAACGGAACUGGCAGUAACAAGGCCAUCCGCAAGUUGCUUCAUGUGGCUGUCUCCGACGUGAAUGACGAUGUGCGUCGCGCCGCUGUUACCGCCAUUGGUUUCAUUCUGUUCCGCACUCCGGAACAGUGCCCUUCGGUGGUUAGUCUUUUGGCCGAAUCGUACAAUCCGCACGUUCGCUACGGAGCCGCCAUGGCGUUGGGUAUCGCUUGUGCCGGCACUGGACUGCGAGAGGCCAUUGCCCUCCUGGAGCCGAUGGUCAAGUUCGAUCCGGUGAACUUUGUGCGCCAGGGUGCCCUGAUCGCAUCUGCCAUGAUCUUGAUCCAGCACACAGACCAGAGCUGCCCCAAGACGACGUUCUUCCGCCAGUUGUAUGCUGAGGUCAUCAGCAACAAGCACGAGGAUGUGAUGGCCAAGUACGGUGCCAUUCUGGCCCAGGGCAUCAUUGAUGCUGGUGGCAGGAACGCAACCCUCUCGUUGCAGUCUCGCACAGGCCACACCAACUUGCAGGCCGUCGUGGGCAUGCUGGCCUUCACCCAGUACUGGUACUGGUUCCCGCUGGCUCACACUUUGUCGCUGGCCUUUACGCCCACCUGCGUGAUUGGUCUGAACUCUGACCUCAAGAUGCCCAAGAUGGAGUUCAAGUCGGCGGCCAAGCCAUCGCUGUACGCUUACCCCGCCCCGCUGGAGGAGAAAAAGAGCGAGGAGCGCGAGAAGGUGGCCACUGCUGUUCUGUCCAUCGCUGCCCGCCAGAAGCGACGCGAAAACGCCGACAAGAAAGAGGACGAGAAGAUGGACGUGGAUGAGGACAGCAAGGAGGCAACCACCGCUGUCAAAAAGGAGGAAGAAGCCAAGACCGAAGAGAAACCUGCCGUCGAGGAGAAGCCCAAGAAGAAGGAGGAGAAGGAGAAAAAGAAGGAGGAGGACAAGGAGGCAGCGGGCACCAGCAGCUCCAGCGACAAAGAGAAGGAAAAAGAAAAGGACAAGAAGGAAAAGAAGGAGCCGGAGCCCACAUCCGAAAUCCUGCAGAAUCCCGCUCGUGUGUUGCGUCAGCAGCUCAAAGUCCUCAGCGUUAUCGAUGGCCAGUUGUAUGAACCCUUAAAGGAAGUAACCAUCGGCGGUAUCAUCGUGUUCCAGCACACCGGCAAGGCCGAGGAUCAAGAGCUCGUGGAGCCCGUGGCUGCCUUUGGGCCCAUGAACGACGAGGAGAAGGAGCCUGAGCCGCCAGAGCCCUUCGAGUACAUCGAGGACUAAAUGGGCAUGCUCUUUGUCAUUAUCUAAGUAAACCCGUUCGAUUUUCAACCUUGCACACUAUUCUCCAGAUGUAUACACUAAACAAAAGCGAGGAACCCCCUUUGCAUACGCUGAUUAAAUGCUAAUCCCUAAUCAUAAAAUAAAAUGUUCAUCGUACAAGAUGUAAAUUACCUA